CUUCUGGCAAAACUCGGACGGAUUUUUGUGCACUCAUAAACCCAUAUAAAACGCAAGGAAAACCCUAAUCCUGUAACGACAUCAACAAGGAGAAGAGAGGAGAUGGAGUUUGCUGUUACAAAUCCGUCGAAUUGCCUAAUUUCUCUGAAACCUUCAACCAGAGCAAAACCACUGAAGAAUCUUUUCACUGUAAAAUGUUAUGCUUCUCCUGACGGUGUCGCCUCUGGUGUUGUGGAGAGGCCUUGGAAAAUUUCGGAUGCUAGACUUGUACUUGAAGAUGGCUCGAUUUGGAAGGCCAAGUCAUUUGGUGCUAGAGGAACCCAAGUUGGUGAAGUGGUGUUCAACACAUCUUUGACAGGGUAUCAAGAAAUACUUACUGAUCCUAGUUAUGCUGGCCAGUUUGUCCUAAUGACAAAUCCACAUAUUGGAAACACUGGUGUAAAUUUUGACGAUGAAGAAUCAAACCAGUGCUUUCUAGCUGGUCUGGUUAUAAGGAGCUUAAGCAUCAGUACUUCAAAUUGGAGAUGCACUGAAACACUUGGUGAUUAUCUAGCAGAAAGGAAUAUCAUGGGAAUAUAUGAUGUUGACACCCGUGCAAUCACCCGGAGAUUGAGGCAAGAUGGAAGCCUUAUUGGUGUACUGAGCACAGAAGAAUCCAAGACAGAUAAGGAACUUCUGGAGAUGUCCCACUCAUGGGGCAUUGUUGGUGUUGAUUUAAUAAGUGGUGUCUCAUGCACUGCCCCUUAUGAAUGGGUUGAUAAAACAAAACCAGAGUGGGAUUUUAACACCAAUGGGGGAGGAGAGGUCUACCGUGUUGUUGCAUAUGAUUUUGGGAUCAAGCACAAUAUACUGAGGCGCUUAGCAUCUUAUGGCUGUAAAAUCACUGUGGUCCCUUCGAAUUGGCCUGCAUUAGAAACUCUGAAGAUGAAGCCAGAUGGAGUUCUUUUCAGCAAUGGCCCAGGAGACCCAUCUGCUGUUCCUUAUGCUGUUGAAAUGGUUAAGGAAAUAUUGGGAAAAGUACCCGUAUUUGGAAUUUGUAUGGGCCACCAAUUGCUUGGCCAGGCAUUGGGUGGUAAGACCUUUAAAAUGAAGUUUGGUCACCAUGGAGGAAAUCAUCCAGUUCGUAACAUUCGGGGUAGUCGUGUUGAGAUUAGUGCUCAGAAUCACAACUAUGCAGUUGAUCCUGCAUCACUUCCUGAGGGUGUGGAAGUGACUCACAUCAAUCUCAAUGAUGGAAGCUGUGCAGGUCUUGCUUAUGCUCAACUAAACAUCAUGUCUCUUCAGUACCAUCCUGAGGCAUCCCCAGGGCCUCACGAUUCAGAUACUGUUUUUGGGGAAUUCAUAGAGCUAAUGAAACAAGCCAAACAAAAAGCUUAGAUUUGAUCUACAAAUAUUGAUGAUUGAAGUGUAUUCAACACUACAGUGAUAUUUUAGAUGGCUGUGCUUGUGAUGGCCCUUGCUCCUCGUUUCAGUUCACCUCAGUUAAUGCUUGCAGAUUAAAGUAAUCAGGUGUCUCAUUGUCAUAGUUUCAUUAGUAUUUUUCUUGAUAUUUGAGAACAUUUAUCAGUUUGCUUCAUUGUCUUUGAUUGUUAUAGAGGGUUGAAUAACUUUGACAGUGUAUUAGACUAAGAUAAUAUUUAGGUACUCUCAGUUUAUAAAGACAACCAACAAAAUGUUCAAGAAUGGGAAGGGAAUGAUGCAAGACAACUCUUAGUCUAAAGGGGUCUCAAGGGUAAUAAAAUUUUCGCCCUUUUCAUUCUGUCUGCAAUGUGAGUGUGAUUACUUGUCUUGAAAUGCAACUAUAGAAAACUGAAUGAAGAAACCCCCAUCAUUAGAGGAACAUUCCUCCUCAAA